CAGGAGAAGCAAAAGCAGGAAACUCUGGAUGUGGAAGAGAGGGAGAAGAGGGGUCCUUUGCCUUUUGAGGGUAUUGCUGUCACGAUGGAUUCCCACCAGAUGAAUGGAACCCAGAGGGUUGUGUUUGACAGAGUGCUGACGGAGUCUGAGUGUAAGGACCUUCUCCGUCUGACAAAGGCAGCAGGAGAAGCAGGAGAUGGCUACCGGGCAAGACGGUCGCCUCACACCCCGCAUGAGAGAUUUGAAGGGUUAACCAUUUUGAAGGCCAUGCAGCUGGCCCAGAAUGGGGACGUGGACUGGAGAGAUGCCAAAUUGCUUUUGCAGGCCAGUGAGAAAUCGCGGAAAAUCAUAGAGUCCUAUUUUACUCCUGGAAAGAAACUCCAUUUCUCAUUCACACACCUUGUGUGCCGCACGGCUGUAGAUGAGGAACAGGAAGGUCGCAUGGAUCUUAGUCAUCCUGUCCAUGCUGAUAAUUGUCUCUUGGAUCCUGAGGGGCAAGAGUGCUGGAGAGAACCACCUGCCUACGUGUACAGGGACUACAGUGGCAUUCUCUACCUCAAUGAUGACUUCCAAGGUGGGGGCCUUUUCUUCACUGAAAUGGACACCGUGACUGUCACAGCCGAGGUUCAUCCUAAGUGUGGGAGGCUGGUAGCCUUCAGCUCUGGCAAGGAGAAUCCCCACGGCGUGUGGGCAGUGAGCCGCGGGAGGCGCUGCGCCAUUGCUCUCUGGUACACGCACUCCCAGGAGCAUGCUGAGCAGGAGCGAGUGAAGGCAGAGGAGCUGAUGGAGCAGAAGGCUGUGGAGCAGGACCAGCCUGAUGGAGAAGACCAUCAGGGGGCUGAUCACAGUGGCAGAUCCUCCUCAGAGCUUCCUGUUCCCAGCGGCGGAGCCAGGCCCACGAGCCGGAGACACAAGCAUGGCUCAGACAGGACACAGCACCCCAAGGAGCUGCGGGCCAGAGAUGAGUUCUGAGUAUGCAGGGCCCUGGGGGCAGGACUGGCACACGCCAUGGCCUGGCAGGUCUCGGUAGCACCGGGACCACAGAGGCCUGGAGCAGUGUAUUAGCAUGCUAGAGCCGUAGUGAUGGGGAGGGAUGCAGCUUUCUUCUCUCUGACAUCCCAGUAGCUGAAAAAUGGGAGCAGGGACAGAGUAUUAAAGUCAGUGACACCAGGAACUUUCUUCACUGCC